UGCGUCACACAACCCGCCCCAAAACCGGAAGAGGGUCGCUCGGUACCAGGCGGCGCAUCGAAAAGAAGCUGCUGCGACAUCACUGAGAUCGAGCUCUCCGGGACGCAACGAAUGUCUCCCUCCUGCUAAAAAAAACAAAUCUGUGACGCAUUUCGUUGUGUCCGGCCUGUCCAGGGUUAGCUGCUAUCACAAGGGCUCUAUUGUUUGUUGACAGCGAGAGACUAAAGCUAAAGUUGAGCCUCUCGGCUCACCCGUCUCUCCUCUGGGCUUCCCUACCGCUUAAGGCCCAAGUAUGCCUAACGAGGCGGACCACCUUGACGGCAGAGGAGACAAGGAGUCGAAGAAGAAGGAGCAGAGGAGACAGGGUGCUCCCGAGGGCACAUUGAAUGAGAGGAUACAGGCAAAUAGUUCGAGCCCCAACAGGGGGAACACUCCUCAAGCCAGCCCCCCCCGGUUCGUCUCCGUGGAGGAACUGAUUGAGACGGCUGAAGGAGUCACCAACAUGGCUUUGGCUCAUGAAAUAAUGGUCAACCAGGAUUUUCAAGUCAAACCGGCGGUCCUUCCCGAGGGGAGCUUGGAGCGCCAAGUGAAGGAGAUCAUGCACAAGGCAUUCUGGGAUUGCUUGGAGGCCCAGCUGAAGGAGGAGCCGCAGACGUACGGACACUCCAUCAAGCUGCUGUCCGAGAUCAGGGAGACCCUGCUGUCCUUCCUGCUGCCGGGCCACGGGCGCCUGCGCUCCCGCAUCGAGGAGGUCCUGGACCUGCCUCUGAUCCAGCAGCAGGCCGAGAACGGCGCGCUGGACAUCGCCAAGCUGUCCCAGUUCAUCGUCGGGAUGAUGGGCUCGCUGUGCGCCCCCUGCAGGGACGAGGACAUCCGAAAACUGAAGGAGAUCGCCGACAUCGUGCCCCUGCUCAAGGAAAUAUUCUCCGUGCUGGACCUGAUGAAGGUGGACAUGGCUAACUUCGCCCUUACCAGCAUCCGGCCUCACCUGAUGCAGCAGUCGGUGGAGUACGAGAGGAGCAAGUUCCAGGGGUUUCUGGAGAAACACCCCAAUGCCUUAGACUACACGGAGAAGUGGCUCGAGGACACGCUGAGAUGCCUGAGAGAGGGGGGCUCCUGCGCCGCGUCGUCAGGCCCUCCCUCCCUCUCCUCCGUCAACGUCCACAACCACGCCUACCUCCGCCUGCUGACGUGGGCCCACGCCUCCGACCCCUUCCCAGAGACGGUGCUGAUGGAUCAGGUCCGGUUCCAGGAGAUGCACCGGGAGGAGGAGCGGCUGGUCGUGUUGUCGUCCGUGCUGCUCAUCGUCUACACCACCGCGGGGGAGGCCAUCUCAGGCCUGCCGGGGCUGAUGGAGACGCUGAAGGACAUUGUCAGCGCCAUAUUCGCGGACAUGCACGCGCCGUCCUUCAACGCACCGGAGGCCUUGGCGACCGUCGGGGAGAAGCUGUGUGUCGAGCUGAGCGAGUGUCUGAGCCGGCACGGCUACUCCCCGUUUGCGGCCGUCCGGAGGAGCGCUCUGAUGGGACAGAUCUCCGCUAUCAUCCAGCCGGACAACAGCGUCCGCAAGCUGAUGGAGUCUCGGCUUCAGAGCUACCUCCUGGCCUCCCUAGAGUCCAGUCAGCACAAGAACCCCCCCCCUCUCCCGGGUGGUCUGGCCCCGGUCGGCAAGGAGGUGAAGGAGCUCGCUGUUCGCUUCAGUCGCCUCAUCAACUUCAAUAAGCUGGUCUUCUCCCCGUUCUACCAAAAGAUUCUCCAAAAACUACUGGCACCGGGGGAAAGUCCCGGCCCUGGGACGUAAGCAGUUUGCCCCCCCCCUCCCUCAUUCCCCCCCCGCUUCCGCUGAGGAUGCUUAUCGGUCCCCAGCGCAUGCCCCUUUAACCGAUUGAAUAAAAAGCAAACCCACUAGCGACCAUCUCGAUGGCAUCAACUCCCGCUGCUGCUUCUAGGAUCAAAUCUCCGGCCUCAUAACCCCUCCGGCCGGCAUGUGUUCAGUGUUCCUCCUUCACUUCAUCUGAGCCAAAAGCUGUGUUUUAGAAGCAACACCAAGUGUUAUGCUCACCUUACUUUGCGGCGUAGAACACUAUAGGUAGCUAUAAUAUAAGAUGAAUGAAUCCACUCUUUUAAAUCUUUCACAUCUAUGUCAAAGAUGAAAUCAACGUUUAAAUAGUGUGCACUCC